UCGUUGACUUGGAUUGGAUCCUGCUCGCGCUCAACCAACGGCCAGCGCAUUGCGCCGCCGCAUCCAGCAUGGUUCCCUUCCCCUUCCUUCUCACGGUUGUCGGGGUGGGGGAUGUAUAGAGAUGCAUAGAGUAGUAGUAGUUUCCAUCCUGUACAACACAGAACAGACACAGUCAUGGCAUUGCAUACUCAGCAAUGCUUAUCUCCUCGUCUUCCUUAUCACCAGUAGCUAGCUUGUGUGGAUGGUUGGCCGGCCUUGACGACCCCUGGCUGUCAAAAAAAAGAGAGCAAAUGCUGGUAUAUAUAUAUUGAGGCAAUCUGAGUUGUCUCUGGCAGAGAUGGAUAGGCUCGACGGCUCUGCCCGCCUCCUGCUCGUCUCUGAUCUGGACCAGACGAUGAUCGACCAUGAUGACCGGGAGAACCUGUCGUUGCUGAGGUUUGAGGCGCUGUGGGAGGCGGAGUUCGCCCAGGACUCUCUGCUGGUCUUCUCCACGGGGAGGACGCCGGUGAGCUACAAGGGCUUGCGGAGGGACAAGCCUCUGGUGACGCCGGACGUGACCAUCAUGUCCGUGGGGACCGUGAUAGCGUACGGCGAGGAGAUGGUCCGUGACGUCGGCUGGGAGGAGCGGCUGGACAGCGACUGGGACAGGGCCGUCGUCGUGGAGGAGACGGCUAGGCUGCCCCAGUUGACGCGCAUGCAGCCGGAGAGGAACCAGGGUCCCCAUAAGGUGAGCUUCUUCGUCGACAAGCAGGGUGCUCAGGAAGUGAUGGACUAUCUCCCCAAGAAGCUGGAGAGACGUGGGGUGGAUGUGAAGAUAGUCUACAGCAGCGGGAACGCCCUGGACGUGUUGCCACGAGGUGCAGGCAAGGGGCAGGCGCUGGUGUACCUGCUCAAGAAACUGGAUUCCAACGGGAAGCCGCCCAAGAACACCCUCGUCUGUGGCGACUCCGGAAACGACGCCGAGCUAUUCGGUGUGCCGUCUGUACAUGGAGUCAUGGUCUGCAACGCCCAAGAGGAGCUGGUCCAGUGGUACCAAGAGAACGCGAGGGACAAUCCUAGGAUCAUCCAGGCGACCGAGAGAUGCGCUGCCGGGAUCAUGCAGGCCAUCGGGCACUUGGGGCUAGGGCCCAACGUCUCUGCGAGAGACCUUGUUGGGUUCCCUGCUUAUUAUCCCAACAACAACAAGAAGGGGGCAGCUGCCACCGCUAAGCCCGCAGAUGUGGUGGUGAGGUUCUACGUCCUCUACGAGAAGUGGCGGAGGGGGGAGCUCCCCAGUUCGAAUUAUUUUUCUUCUUCGUCAGCCAUGCGCUACUUGAAAAGCAUCACUCAUCCGAACGGUACAAUCAUUCACCCUUGUGGAUCGGAGCGUUCUCUUCACGCGUCUGUUGACGCUCUGCUGAGUUCUUGCUACGGGGACAAGAAGAACUUCCGGGUGUGGGUGGACAGGCUGGUGACAUCGCCCAUCGGCACAAGCAGCUGGUUGGCGAGGUUCGAUAGCUGGGAGAUGGAAGGUGGCGUUCGGUACUGCUGCCGCACUACUAUUCUGCUCAACAUCAAGCCUGAGAGUCCAGAGGGCCUCGAGCUCACACACAUCCACAAGACCUGGGUCCAAGGGCACUCUGCAGGGCCAGGGAGUGCGCUCGUCUUCUAGACUAAAUCAGUCAAACGCGAAGCAGCAUGUCUUGUUCAAUUAAUUUCCAGAGAGAAAGAAUCCAUCCAAAUGUACGACAGACAGACAGACAGACAGACAGACAUGCCCAAUGCUGGGUACUUCCAUAUUCCAUAUGUACAACAAAACAAAACAAAAGAUGUCCCGAUGCUGGGUACUUCUCAUGAAUUAUUAGCUGAAGCUCUUGUCUUGGAUUUUUCAUAUUUGCAGAAUGUAGUUUCCAGUGUGGCCCAAUGCCAUCAUUCAGAAUGCUAGCUGAAAAGUUAGCGCUGUUAUUUGUACUUCACAAGAAAGGAAAAGAGAUACAUUUUAGGUUUCAAUAUUUUGUCUUAAA